CUUUUUAAUUUCAGAACAGCCAGCAAGCUUCUGCAACUUUCUUUAUAAUAAUAUAAAAUACUCAUAAAGUGCCAGCAUGUACAUACUCCUGUAGAAAUCUCUCCAUACGCCGGGAAUAGUAAAUAUACUUUACAUUGGCUCAGCCUGAUGUGCGUGUAUGCGUGUGUCUCGGGGCAGAGCAGACCCCGCCCCUUUAUGCUAAUUAAUGCCUCCCAUUGGUGUGUCAGGGGAGCAGGCCGGCUCUGAUUGGCCAGGUCGAAGCCAUUUAUUCGCUGACAGCCCCGUCACAUGAAUGGUUGUCUAUUAACUUGUUCAAAAACUAUCUGGAGUUGUCAAGGCUCAGGCGGACACAGGCGAAAAGUACAGUUUGUUGAUGCUUUUUCGGAGAAGCGACGGGAGAAGUUUUGUGGACACAACAUAGCAGGGACCUAUUGGGAGAAGCUCUUUGUCACACACACACGCUCUGACACACACUCACAGAGCGGGAGAGCGAGCGAGCGAGCGAGAGAGAGAGAGUGAGAGUGUGUGCAGACGCGGCUUGUUGUUUUUGUCCAGAGAAAAAAAGUUGCAGAGAAAAAUCUCCAGGUAACUUUUGGCUCCUAACUGUACUGCUCUGCUGUGUAGUGUGACUCAGUUUGAUUUUUGGAGCUCACACUACAAGCUGUUCCUGAUGUAUAACAUGAUGGAGACUGAACUGAAGCCCCCAGCUCCCCAGACCAACACGGGGGGCUCGGGCAACUCCAACACGACCGGCACCGGGCCGAACCAGAAAAACAGUCCGGAGCGCGUAAAGAGACCCAUGAACGCGUUCAUGGUGUGGUCCCGGGGCCAGAGGAGGAAGAUGGCGCAAGAAAACCCCAAAAUGCACAACUCGGAGAUAAGCAAGCGGCUGGGUGCAGAGUGGAAACUCCUGUCUGAGAGCGAGAAGAGACCUUUCAUCGACGAAGCCAAGAGGCUGCGGGCCCUGCACAUGAAGGAGCAUCCGGAUUACAAAUACCGGCCCCGGCGGAAAACCAAGACCCUCAUGAAGAAGGACAAGUACACCUUGCCCGGCGGGCUGCUGGCUCCGGGAGGGAACGGGAUGGGAGCUGGGGUCGGGGUCGGGGUGGGGGGCGGACUGGGCGGUGGGGUGAACCAGAGGAUGGACAGCUACGCGGCGCACAUGAACGGCUGGACCAACGGUGGGUACGGCAUGAUGCAGGACCAGCUGAGCUACCAACACCCGGGGCUGAACGCACACAACCCGGGCCAGAUGCAGUCCAUGCACCGCUAUGACAUGAGCGCGCUGCAGUACAACACCAUGACCAGCUCCCAGAGCUACAUGAACGGCUCCCCGACAUACUCCAUGUCCUACUCCCAGCAAAGCACGCCGGGGAUGACCGCCCUGGGCUCCAUGGGGCCCUCCUCGGUGGUCAAGUCCGAGUCCAGCAGCUCCAGCCCGCCCGUAGUCACCUCGUCGUCCCACCGGGCCGGCCCGGGCUGCCAAGGCGGGGAUCUGAGGGACAUGAUCAGCAUGUACCUGCCCGGGGCGGAGGUCAGCGAGCAGAGCGCCCAGACCAGGCUACACAUGUCCGGGCACUACCAGAGCACCGUGCCCGGGACGACGAUCAACGGCACGCUGCCGUUAACACACAUGUAAGAAGAGAGAAAAGAACUUUUAUAAGAGAAACUGUGGACUAUUAACGUUGGACUAUUUUUGUACAGAAAAAUUUCGGGGUGGGAAAAGUUGUAUAGAAGUCUCCAGGAAAAGGACACACGACUCUUUUUUUCUUUUCUUUUAUUCUAAGGAAGCUCUAGAGAUCCCCUCUUCACUGGUGGAGGAAGUUUGGAAGACUAGAAAGUGGGAGUCGCAAUCAAAUGUUUUAUUAUUGCAAUCACCUUUUGUACAGUAUUUAUCAAAGAAACAUUACAAUCAGAUGAAAUUGUUUGUUAAACUGCAAGAGGUUGCAUUUUUCUUUUCUUUUUUUAUAUAAAGCAACGCCAGUUCUGCAGAAAAUAUUAAAAAGUGAAGCUGGCAGAAUGAUAUGGGAGCGAUCAGUUAUGCUCCUUUAUUACUGCAAACAUUGGAAAGAAAAGGGACAUAAAAACCAAGCAGGUAAUACUGUUUUUUUUUUUUUUCAUUUAAGGUCAAUAUUACUAAACAUUUUAAUUUCUUUAAAUAAAAAAAAAGAUAAGACACUUUUUCUCUCAUACAGCUUAAAAUAUAGGUUGUUAAUUUAUAUUUCCGUCUCCCACUUUUCAUCUGUUAGAGGUAUGACGAUUGUGCUCUUUAUUUUCUAAUUGAUUUGUACAAUUUCUGUAUAUUUACUGUGAUAUUUUCAGUUUUUAUUUCAAAAAUUCAUUCCCGUAGUUGUAUUUUAAAAAUUGCGGCCUGUACGCAGAGGCCAACCACUCCAUGUAUAUAUAUACCGGAACUAAUACCAUCCUUAUAACAGUUACAAUUUCAGCUGAGUAUAUUUUUUUUCAAUAUGCAGUUUGAAAUGAAUAAAUUUUGGAAAUUUGGAUACUUGAAA